UUGAAUUGUUUUUUUUGUUUGGUCUUACUUUCCCACACCCAACCACUAGCUGACAUCUUAGGGAGUCCUAGCUUUUCUUAUAAAUCCUAAUUAAGACUUGAUUCUUACUCAUUUCUUGAUUUUUGAUUUUUAACUUAAGAUCCUAAGCUAAGACUUGCAUAAGACCCUCCAUUGGAGGUGGUCUUAGUCAAAGCCAUCCGGAUUUGAUACAAAAUGUGGAAGCUGAGGAUCGGAGCUAAGGCAGGAGAUGAUCCUCACUUGUGCACCACCAACAACUACCUCGGAAGGCAGAUAUGGGAGUUUGAUACCCAUGCAGGCUCUCCGGAAGAACUCUUUGAGGUUGAGCAGGCUCGACGGAAUUUCUCCAACAAUAGGUCACAAUACAAAGCUAGUGCCGAUCUGUUGUGGCGUAUGCAGUUUCUAAGGGAGAAAAAGUUCGAACAAAAUAUUCCGCGGGUGAAAAUAGAUGCCGAGAAAAUAACAUAUGAAGAAGCGAAUACGGCACUGAGAAGAGGUAUACACUAUAUGGCAGCGUUGCAGUCUGAUGAUGGACAUUGGCCUGCUGAAAACUCUGGUUGCAUGUUCUUUAACGCUCCCUUUGUCAUAUGUUUGUAUAUCACUGGCCAUCUAGAUACAAUCUUCUCUCAAGAGCAUCGCAAAGAGAUGUUGCGUUAUAUGUACAACCAUCAGAAUGACGAUGGUGGGUGGGGACUAGACGUCGAAAGCCAUAGUUCAAUGUUCUGCACGGUCAUCAACUAUAUCUGCCUACGAAUUAUGGAAGUGGAUCCUGAUUAUGAUGGUAAAAAAAAUGCUUGUGCAAGGGCUCGUAAAUGGAUCAUUGACCACGGUGGUGCAACCUAUACACCAUUGUUUGGAAAAGCUUGCCUUUCGGUUCUUGGAGUGUAUGAAUGGUCUGGUUGCAAACCUAUACCACCAGAGUUCUGGUUAUUUCCUUCUUAUUUCCCUAUUAAUGGAGGCACUGUUUGGAUUUAUUUGCGUGAUACUUUCAUGGCACUGUCCUAUUUGUAUGGUAAAAAAUUUGUAGCUACUCCAACACCCCUCAUUCUACAGCUCCGAGAAGAGCUUUAUCCUCAGGCUUAUGCUGAAAUUGUUUGGAGUCAAGCUCGGAAUCGAUGCGCAAUGGAAGAUCUAUACCAUCCACAAACAUUUGUACAAGACUUGUUUUGGAAAAGUGUUCAUAUGUUCUCUGAGAAUAUCUUAAAUCGAUGGCCUUUCAAGAAGCUCAUAAGAGAGAGAGCUAUGCGAAGGGCAAUGGAACUUAUCCAUUACUAUGACGAAGCCUCCCAAUACAUUACCGGUGGAGGUGUGCCAAAGGUGUUUCAUAUGCUUGCUUGUUGGGCUGAGGAUCCCGAGAGUGAAUAUUUUAAAAAACAUCUUGCUUGUGUCUCUGGUUACAUAUGGAUUUCGGAGGACGGCCUAAAAAUCCAGAGUUUUGGCAGCCAAAUAUGGGAUACAACCUUGUUGCUACAAGUCAUGUUAGCCGCUGAUAUUGAUGAUGAGAUAAGAUCAACGCUCAUAAAGGGAUACUCUUUCUUGAGGAAAUCUCAGCUUAUAGAGAAUCCUCCUGGUGACUAUAUCAAAAUGUUCAGAGACAUAUCAAAAGGAGGAUGGGGUUUUUCGGACAAAGAUCAAGGAUGGCCAGCUUCAGAUUGUACUUCCGAGAGUUUAGAGUGCUGCCUGAUCUUUGAGAGCAUGCCGUCUAAUUUCAUUGGUGAGAAAAUGGACGUGGAGAGGCUUUAUGAUGCAGUCAAUAUGAUUCUCUAUUUGCAGAGCAAAAAUGGAGGUAUAGCUGUAUGGGAGCCAGCGAGUGGGAAAAAAUGGCUAGAGUGGCUUAGCCCCAUAGAGUUUAUGGAAGAUACAAUACUCGAGCAUGAGUAUCUAGAAUGCACGGGGUCAGCGGUAGUAGUGUUGACUCGCUACAUGAAACAGUUUCCCGGGCAUAGAACAAAAGAAAUAGAAACAUUUAUAGCAAAGGCAGUAAAAUACAUAGAAAGUUUGCAAACGGCGGAUGGUUCGUGGUAUGGAAAUUGGGGAGUGUGCUUCAUCUAUGCGACAUUCUUUGCUGUCCGAGGUUUAGUGGCUGCGGGCAAGACUUACCAUAGCUCUGAGCCGAUCCGUAGAGCUGUUCAGUUCCUUCUUAAGAUACAAAAUGCUGAAGGCGGUUGGGGAGAGAGUUUUCUCUCUUGUCCCAACAAGAAAUAUAUUCCAUUGGAAGGGAACAAGACCAAUGUGGUAAAUACGGGACAAGCAAUGAUGGUUCUAAUAAUGGGUGGUCAGAUGGAGAGAGACCCUUUACCAGUUCAUCGUGCUGCGAAAGUUAUAAUUAAUUCGCAAAUGGAUAACGGUGAUUUUCCACAACAGGAACUAAGAGGAGUUUACAAGAUGAAUGUGCUGCUACAUUAUCCAACCUAUAGAAACAUCUUCAGUCUUUGGGCACUCACAUAUUACACAAAGGCUCUGCGCUUGCUCCUCUGAUGACGACUCCACUGCGAAACUCACACCACUGUUACAUUAUUUUCCUUCUCUUGUUCUUUUCUUCAUGUAAAAAGAUCAAUAAUAAAAAUACAGUUUGCGAUAA